UCUCUCUCUCUCUCUCUCUCUUUCUACCUGUCUCUCUCUCUCUCUUCCUCCCUCUCUCUCUCUCUCUCUCUCUCUCUUCAGCUCUCUCUCUCUCUCCCUGUCUAUCCUAAGCUCUCUUGACCACAGCCAGCCUCGCUGUGGCUCAUCAUCUCAGAGCUCGUGCUGCAACCAUCUGCCAAUAACGAGCCUGCUGAGAGAGAGAGAGAGCGCGCGAGAGAGCGAGCGAGGCUCCUACUCUACAGCGCGCGGAGCUCGUGCAGCAUCAGAUAUGUGAGCGGCGGGAAGCAGCUCUGCCUCGCGCUGCAGGAGGAUGGCGGGAGGACGGCGGGGACUCGUGGCCCCUCAGAACACGUUCCUGGAGAACAUCGUCCGCCGGUCCAACGAUACCAACUUUGUGCUGGGGAACGCUCAGAUCGUGGACUGGCCGAUCGUCUACAGCAACGACGGCUUCUGCAAACUGUCUGGUUACCAUCGAGCCGAGGUGAUGCAGAAGAGCAGCACCUGCAGCUUCAUGUACGGAGAGCUGACGGACAAAGACAUGAGUGAGAAGGUUCGGCAGACCUUUGAGAACUACGAGAUGAACUCUUUUGAGAUUCUGAUGUACAAGAAAAACCGGAUGCCGGUUUGGUUUUUCGUGAAGAUAGCUCCAAUAAGGAACGAGCAAGACAAAGUGGUCCUGUUUCUCUGCACCUUCAGUGACAUCACCGCCUUCAAGCAGCCAAUCGAGGAUGAAACUUCAAAAGGUUGGGGUAAAUUUGCCCGUUUGACUCGUGCAUUGACCAGCAGUCGAGGAGUUCUUCAGCAGCUCACUCCAGCUGUCCAAAAAGGAGAGAACGUCCACAAACACUCACGGCUGGCAGAGGUUCUCCAGCUGGGUUCAGAUAUCUUGCCUCAGUACAAACAGGAAACCCCGAAGACGCCGCCGCACAUCAUCCUGCACUACUGCCUCUUCAAGACCACGUGGGACUGGGUCAUCCUUAUCCUCACCUUCUACACCGCCAUCAUGGUGCCGUACAAUGUCUCCUUCAAGACCAAGCAGAAUAACGUCACCUGGCUGGUGGUGGACAGCAUCGUGGACGUCAUCUUCCUCGUUGACAUCGUCCUCAACUUCCACACCACCUUCGUCGGCCCGGCCGGGGAGGUCAUCUCCGACCCCAAACUCAUCCGCAUGAACUACGUCAAGACCUGGUUUGUCAUCGACCUGCUGUCCUGCCUACCUUAUGAUGUCAUCAACGCCUUCGAGAACGUCGAUGAGGGCAUCAGCAGUCUCUUCAGCUCCCUCAAAGUGGUCCGUCUUCUGCGUCUGGGUCGGGUCGCCAGGAAGCUGGACCACUACAUUGAGUACGGUGCUGCCGUACUGGUUUUACUGGUGUGCGUGUUCGGCCUGGCGGCCCAUUGGCUGGCCUGUAUCUGGUUUAGCAUCGGAGACUAUGAGGUGAUCGACGAGGACACCAAUAGCGUGAGGAUGGACAGCUGGCUGUUCCUGCUGGGAGAGACGGUGGGGACGCCGUACAGGUUCAACGCCUCGGGCUCAGGCCGCUGGGAAGGGGGACCUAGUAAAGACUCGGUUUACAUCACCUCGCUGUACUUUACCAUGACCAGUCUGACCAGCAUCGGCUUCGGGAACAUCGCACCAAACACAGACGGAGAGAAGAUCUUCGCUGUGGCCAUGAUGAUGAUCGGAUCGCUGCUGUACGCCACCAUCUUUGGUAACGUCACCACCAUCUUCCAGCAGAUGUACGCCAACACCAACCGCUACCACGAGAUGCUCAACAGUGUGCGAGACUUCCUCAAACUCUACCAAGUCCCCAAAGGCCUCAGUGAGAGGGUGAUGGACUACAUCGUGUCCACCUGGUCCAUGUCCAGAGGGAUCGACACCGACAAGGUUCUGCAGAUUUGUCCGAAGGACAUGCGAGCGGAUAUCUGCGUCCACCUCAACAGGAAGGUGUUUAAGGAACACCCGGCAUUUCGGCUGGCCAGUGACGGCUGUCUGCGAGCCCUCGCCAUGGAAUUCCAGACUGUCCACAGCGCACCGGGCGACCUCAUCUUCCACGCCGGAGAGAGCGUGGACAGCCUCUGCUUCGUGGUGUCAGGGUCGUUGGAGGUCAUCCAGGACGAUGAGGUGGUGGCCAUUUUAGGUAAAGGUGACGUGUUUGGUGACGUGUUCUGGAAGGAGAUGACGAUGGCGCAGUCGUGCGCUAACGUGCGAGCGUUGACCUACUGCGACCUCCACAUCAUCAAACGGGACGCGCUGCAGAAAGUUCUGGAGUUUUACUCAAACUUCGCAAACCACUUCGCCAGAAACCUGGUGCUCACCUACAACCUGAGGAAGAGGAUCGUCUUCCGGAAGAUCAGUGACGUGAAACGUGAGGAGGAGGAGAUGUUGAGGAGGAAGAAUGAGGCUCCUCUGAACCUUCCUCCGGAUCAUCCGGUCCGACGGCUCUUCCAGCGUUUCCGGCAGCAGAGGGAGGCACGGAUCGCCAGCGAGCGGGCCAAUGAAAGCGCCGUUGAUGUGGAGAAAGGCGUCGUUCCCCUGGAGCCGCCCAAAGGUCCAGAGGUCCUGGCCUCCACCAGUAUAGUCCUGGUGACAGAGAGCCUAGCCACACCCACCACCUCCUCAACAUCCACCGCAACCUCUUCAUCAAAGACCUCCAGCCGAGUCAUGCUCCACGCUCCCGCCACCCAAAACGGAAACCUGAUCGGCUGCAAAUCCGCAGAGCCGCCCAAAGCUAAAGGCUGGGGACGAUUCAAGGAGUCGGUCGUGAAGGCCGAGUCGUGGAGCAGCGUCUCUAAGGCUGAAUCCAUGGACACGCUGCCCGAUAGAACUAAGUCUCAGGACGAGAUGCCCCUCAAGAAAACAGACUCCUGUGACAGUGGCAUCACAAAGAGCGACCUCCGUUUGGACAAUGUCAGCAACGCCAGAACGCCGCAGGAGCAAAGCCCAGUCCAGUCUGACGAGAAGAAGGUCUUCUGUCCGAUACCGGAGCAGAGCAUGCAAGCCUCUUUCCUCGAGCUGAAACAGGAAUUGAGAGGAGACAUCAGAUCUCUGAACGGUCGCAUGGCAACGCUGGAGACUCAGCUGGCUGAGAUGCUGCGACUUCUCAAAUCCAGGAAGUCGUCUGGUUCCUUCUUCGAGAUCUCGCGGCCUCCUUCCCCUGACUCCGAUAAGGACAGCAUCUCCUAAACUGGACAUGGAGUCGGUCCGCGGGAAUCAAACUCAACCUGUUCACGCUCCAGAUGUCAGACAAGAGCUUCUGACUGCAGUGUGAAGCUGUGCUGAUGGUGGUUGACGAUGAUAUCACACAAAAGCACUUUGUUACGUUCGUAGGAUCGCUUGGCGAGACGUUACCUACUGAAAUGACGUCAAACUGGAAUAAAGCAGAUUUUUACUUUGAUAAGAGACUAUAGAAAGAGUCAUGACAGUCAUGAUGGCACCUUUGGUCCUCAGGAGGGUUUAGACCUUCAUAUGAUUUUGGCAAUAAUAAGAGAUGGCUUUAACGUUGCUGUUUUAAACAGGACUUUGGCACUGUGAUGAAGAUAAUCGCGUUCUAUAUGUUCAUGUGGUGGUUUUGACCCAUCUCAUGAGAUCUGGUCCACAAAGUCUGGUUAGCUGUUCAGAACCUCCAGAUACUGAAGGGUCCGCUCUCAUUGGCUGUCUGCACACUUCAAUCAAAAGAAGGUUUACACAAUUCAAAAUGACAGCGGUGCAUUCGAGGAGAAUCAAUGAGAGACAUCUAUCUGUGAUUCAAGACGGCGUCCAUGAUGUCACUACUUCCACGUAUCGUAGGUUGGUUUUUCUGAUGGCGCUGUUUGAGAAUUGACCGCUGCAUGACAUGAUAUCAAAGCAACGCUCGGUGAUUGGUUGUUAAUUGCGUCGAUCAAAAGAUGGACAUUCAGUGGAAGCAGAAAGCUGCUGAACUCGGACAUUGUGGAUCAGACUUUCAGCUGAUGAACGGUUUGGCUCGGUGAUUCGGUUCGGUGGGGUUUGUUACAAAAAACGGCGGCAGAAUGUCCCCACCUUCAUGCAGACUAUAAACACUGUGUGUACAGAUUUCCCUGUUUGGGAUCGGCAGUGUUUUUAUAUCUAGAAUGAAUGUGAAAGAUUUGAUGCAGCACAUUCACAAUGAGGCCCUAAAUGUGUCUGAUGUUUAAUUCCUGCACAGAGCUGGGCGUUAGUCUUGAUAUUUAGUUUUUAUAAAUAAUAAAAAAUCAGUGUAUGCACGUUUCCAUAUUGAUUCAACUCUGAAUGGAGCCCACGAGGUUAACACAUCCAAAUUCAAACACAAAAGUAAUCUGAUUUCUUCAGCGUAAGCGUUCACACAUCUUAGACGGUAAUAAUUCUGAUAUCUGCGGCUGCUUAAAUGCAUCUGAAUUCAAGUGGAAUAACAACAUUGUAUAUAUACUCUUUAAUUCAGGUGCUUUUAAGAGAUGUUUCUUUUAAGAUUAUAAAUGGUAAAUGGAUUAAGAUUUUAAGAUUAUACGGUAUGUUGCUCGAGCAAAAUUACAACAAAUAUCAUACAGACCUGUCGGUAAAUAUGGUGCGUCUCAGGUGAAGAGAAGCACUCUCGAGGAACCGCUGUAAAGCUGAGCAGACACUGUGUUUUUAUUAAUCUUGUACAUUGUGUUAACUCACUCUGUUUUUAUCAGCCUUUCUUCACGGCCAAAUCCUUUUAUACUCACACUGUACAGACUAAUCGAUCGGCCGCGACUGAACAUAAACAGUCAGUGACGGAGCUAAAUUGGCCCUCGUCAGUCACGUGAGCCUCAACUUUUAUGUCAUAGAUGUCCUUGGAGACUCUCCUGAAACAGUGCCGCUGCAUGGGCUCUACUUAUUCUUUCCUUUGCUGAGAAAGGACUUAUAUGUAGCUUUUAUUUUGACAGGCAGCUUGAGAUAGCAGGGAGGUGUUUCUUAAGAAUGUGUCCAAAUUGCACAGAUGUUAUUUACACUUGCUGAGAUCUGACAGCGAUCAGAUGUUCAUACCAGAUGGAGAUAAAACCUUAUACACAGUCAUUUCUAGUUCUCCAUUGGUGACUAAAACCACUUCAUUGGUUUUUCCUUUUCGUCUUUGUGAAGAAAACAUCUUCACAUCAAAGGCCUCGAUCAGAUAGAGAUGCGACGCUAGUAACGCGUCGCCCACAAAACCAUUGUUUUCUUAUGCUACGGCGCGUCUGCUGUGCACUCUUUUCUUGCGCUGCGCGUCUCACUUUUCUAGAGUUUUUAAACACCGGGCGCAGAGUCAUACCACUCGUCAAUGUCACACUUGGUUCAGGCAACCAAUCAAAUGAAGCAAGAGGCGGGCUUUACCACUUAACUACUUCCUUCCUCUUGUUUUGAUGGGUUAUGGCUGGAAAGGAUCCGUCUUGUGUAAAUAUGACGUUACGUUCUCAUUGUAAUCUGAGCGACUCGGGGAAAACAACUCGGAAGAGAUCGGAUGCCUUUCGCAGGAGAGAGAAGACUGUUGUAUUAAUGUUGUAAACAGACGAAAUCAUGCAGGGUCACGAGAAACUCCUUCAGCUCACUUCAGCGGGGCCUCCGGCAGCAACCAACCCGUCACGGACAGACCCAGAUCCAGCUUCCUGGUAGUCGGGGCUUCGGCAGGAGGUGGAGAGCCCGGCGCCCGGCUCCUCCUCCUGGCCAGGAGAAGCUCGAUGCUCCAGCCAACACUGUUACCACGCUGCUGAAAGCCUAGGCCAUAUCAGCGGCCAGUCAGCGACGACUUGUAGCAGCCAAACUACCUGCAGUGCUAACAUGACGAGGUUGGCAUGUUUUCACCUCUCUACAGAUUUACAGAACAGCGACAGCAGCGAUUGUUGAUCCAUUUGUUGUUAUUUGUUUACUGUCAAAUGUACUGACAACCACACGUUUGUUGCCGCUCGCUGGCAGAUUGUGCUCGAGCAAACUGUAACGGAGCAGACGAGAUAGACGAAUGUCCUGUUUAGCUGUAGGUCACGACAGCCAAUAGACUCCCAGGAGAGCCGUGAUUGGCUCAGUUAAGGCCGUCUACACAUAUGCAAAUAUUUUUAAAAACAGAUGUUUCCCUCUACGUUCUGUCCUCUCGUCCACACGCAAACAGAGUUUUGGGUCACAAAAACGGAUAUUUUUGCAAACGCCUUCUAAGGUGCAGAUUUUUAAGAACUUUGUGUAAUGAGCAUGCACCAGAAACAACAACAACGAUGGUCGACUACCGGCUUUUUUACAUUUUGCAGCCCUAGUUUGGAGUCGUUUUUGCAUUCGAGUGAGGACGGAGAUAUUUUGUAGAAGGAAAGGUUGUGUGGACAGAUUAAUUUUUUUAAAAACAGAGGAGAAAAUAUCCGUUUUUAUAAAUAUCUGUCUACAUGUAGACUGGGCCUAAAUCCGUCUGUUUUGUCUGCAUGGCUCUCCAGAUCUUCCUUUAGCUUUAGUGUCUUCAUCUGUGCCUCCAUCAAACUUCCAGCGCAGGAAACCUUAACAAUUUUAUAUGCAACGUUUUCUCUUUGAAAUACAACUGAUUUCACUCGUCUCUCCCUCAUCUAGUCAGCUGGUCGGGUUACAUCCAACACGUCUCAUCAGUUAUCUCGAUGACGUGUAAUCUGAAGGUCCGGUCACAUCAGAAUUUAUAACGGUAACAUUUUGGACCAAAAUCAAUUAACUUUGGUCAAAAAUGGAGGAAGCUAUUAUUUCUGGCUGUGUCGCUUCAUUCACCUCUAUAUAUACAUUUUCUCCUCUUGAGUAUAAACUGCUCCACAAAAGAGAUUAUGAUGAGCUUCCAGGUUGACUGAGCGUCUCCAAACAUGUUUAAGAGUGAAUCUACAAUAAUGAACGUCAGUGCUGAUGACCUCCACAUUUACAUCGUUCCCUCCUGCUCCUCCUGCGCCUAUAUGGCCUUGGUGUAAAUUUUUCUGUAGUUGUCUCUGGGGACGUGAAAACCUGGAGUUUGGAUUUAUUACUCGUCACCGUCUUUGUCAGCUACUGGAGACUAAAAGUCCUGAUUAUGGUCAAAAAGAGUCGAGCUGAGACCUGAUGAGCAGCAGUGUGAUAGACUGAGACACCUGUCAAUCAAGGUAAAAACACCCCCACAAACAUACUUAAAUCUUAAUAUUUCUUUCAUGGCACAUUUAUUCUGACACCAGAAGAAGUGACGUUAUCUCCUGAGAGCUGAAUUUGCAUAAAAAAGACUUUGUAUUUGUUGACAGAAGUUGAGACUUUUACAAUUCACUACAGUGUUUUCUUGUAGGUGCAUCUAGUGGACGUUAGAGGAACUGCAGCCGCAAACUAACGAAGCUCUGCGCGGCGUAAAUUUCGUCAUCUUCCUACAGUGUGCCUGCGAGUGAAUGUAUGAUCUUGUGAACACGUCUGCCCAAACAAACACCCAAAUGUAGCAUAAAUAAUGACGUCCGCGUUCAUUUGGAGUUUAUCCGGGUCUCUAAGCUUCACCUUCAAGCUGACUGAGCAGGAAUCUGUUUACUCCCUGAACUAUUACUGACAUCAUUAAAAUGCAAAUUUUAGGCAAAUCAGAUUGAUCAUAUAGAAUAUAUCUUGUUUUUUAAUAUAAAAGGUUCUGCAGCUUUAAGUUGAGUAUCAUCUGCAAACAUGAUAAACUAAAAGAAAGUCUACAAAUCCGAUGCUUUAUUUAAAUGUAACCUGUCAUUGUGUCAUCACCUGAGAAGAAAGAAGAUGUACUUUUGUCUUGACUUUGAUAUCUUGUGUAUCCUGUGUAGGUGUGAUUAUAGUAUAGCGUCAUAAUAUGCAAUUAUUGCCAUGUAUGCUGUUUGUACUGAGAGGCUGGUUGUUGUUUGUGGUACUUUGUGUGUCUCACGUUGUCCCACGAGCACCGCCGGUAUCGGCACUGAUGCACUUUGGUCGUCUCUGCGUGACGCUGGUGUCCGAAAUUGUAUUUUAAAGAAAGACUGAAACCGAGCUCACUUUGCCUUGCUACUUAAAUAUCUCGGAGGACUUGGAAGUUUUGUUCUCUCUAAACUUUAAUUCCUUCUGCUGUUGGUCACAUUUAUGUAACGGCCGCAGUCUGUGCAUGAAAAGCGCCUCGAUGUUAAAAAAACCCGUCUUUAUCAAUGUCACGUAUGCACUGUUCUGGAAGCUCACAACUCGGAGGAAACGCUUGAGGGGAAACUUGUAGUAACCACAGAUGUAUAAUCUUAUUUCUGUUCUUCACUUAUUGUCAGGAAUGAAAACUGUAUCAUUCAGCACAAAGAGUAUUUCUAAGAAAAUCACAUCAAACGUCAACAAUAAAUUAUUUCAUACUUUGUA